CACAACCUCCUUGCGCCUCCUGCCCGUUUCCCGCCUCUCCGGGUCUCCGCGCCUCGUCAGGUGCCGUGCCGGAGCGGGUAGUGCGCCUGUGCGGCGGCAGCAGCCUCAGCGGCUCCUCCGGCGCCAGAGCGCGGCAGUGGGCGCCAAGGGAGCGCCAGGAGCCGGAGCCGGCGCGCUGGUGGGCGAAGAUGGCGGAGCCGGGUCCCUCACGGACGUCUCCCUUGUACCCCCGGGCUUCAGCUAUAGAUGGGUUUCUGAAAACAGAUGAAAGGCAAAGACUAGCCAGGGAAAGAAGAGAAGAAAGGGAGAAGUAUCUUGCUGCCAGAGAGCGACAAAUCUUAGAAAAGGAAAGGAGAGCAAAGCUUCAGUAUGAAAAACAAAUAGAAGAACGAUGGAGGAAGAUGGAAGAGCAGAGGCAGAGGGAGGAGCAAAAGAGGGCAGCAGUUGAAGAAAAGAGAAGACAGAAGCUCAGAGAAGAGGAGGAACGACUAGAGGCUAUGAUGCGGAGAUCCCUGGAGCGUAGUCAGCAGCUAGAGCAGAAACAGAAGAGAUGGUCGUGGGGAGGAGCACUAGCUGCAGGCUCAGCCGAAAGAGAUGGUGAAUCAGAAAAUAGCCCACCCCCUCUAGGUUUAGCUGCCAACACCCUUCUUCCAGACUCUGUGGCUUCAACUGCUGCUGCUGAUCCCUCCAAUGCAUGUGACAAACUUUCAGCUUCUACAAUGAAUCUGCCAAAGCAAAUGGAGUCCCCUAUCAAUAAGCGUCUCUCCUCCUCCACAGCAACAAUAACCUAUUCCCCUGACAGAGCUCAUCGCAUGCACCUUAGUCCAAUGGAAAACUUUUUAAUUUCUCGACUGUUGACUCCCACACGAGCUUCUUUAGCCAGAAGCAGAAGUUCAUUAAUGCUUUUUGAGCAGUACAAUGAUCCAGUAUUCCAUAUCUGUCCUCGUGUAGCACCAGCUAGCCCUCUUAAAUCUCCUUACAAGCCAUCCCCCACCCGAAGCUUGGAGAGAAAGAAGGCAUCUUCUGCUUCCACAUCUGAUGCAAUGAAGGGGGCAUCUGCUGCUGAGAGUUCACAGAAUGAAAAGAAAAAGAAAGAGAAACGGCCCACAGCGACUGGCACUUCAUCUGGGUUGGGAUCUCCUCUCAGAAGAUCUGAUUCUCCAGCAUCCAUGUCUAAAAGAUCAGCUUCACCUGCAACCCCUAAGAUGAUUACAAAGACUUACCCUCAGUCUCCGAAAACUACUAAACAAUACCCAGCUUCUCCUGUGAAAAACCGUGUUAUUUCAAAUCUUAAUCAAGAAACACCUAAGAAAAAGGCAGAAAAAUAUAAAGACAGUCAGAGGGAGAAUAUUAGCCAAAAAUUCCAAGCUUCUCCAUCUGAAGAGGCUGUAAACCAAACCAUUGCUGAAAAAUGUGUGCCUUCUUCGAACAGUGAAGGGAAACUUGCAGCAGGAACUACUGAUGCUGAAGAAGCUACAAGGAUUCUAGCAGAGAAAAGACGCCAGGCUCGCCUCCAAAAAGAACAAGAGGAAAAAGAAAGGCAGGAGAAGGAGGAACGUGAAAGGCUAGAGAGAGAAGAAAAGAAAAGAAAGGCAGAAGAAGAGAAGAUCCGGCUGGAGGAAGAGGCCCGUAAGAAGGAGGAGGAGAGAAGGCGUGAGGAGGAAGAGGCUACCAGAAAAGCAGAAGAGGAAGCUAGAAGGAGAGUUGAAGAAGAACGUAUAUUAAGAGAAAAACGAGAAAAGGAAUUGCAAGCUAUGAUUGAGUUACAGAAAGAAGCGGCAGAAGCAAAGGCCCGGGAGGCAGCUGAACAGCUGCGUCUGGAAAGGGAACAAAUCAUGCAGCAGAUAGAGCAAGAAAGACAGGAGCGAAAGAAGAGAAUAGAUGAAAUAAUGAAAAGGACAAGAAAAAGUGAAACACCAGAAGUAAAG